ACAAACGAAUCAGACUUCGGAGAGAAAGCAUCGUUGCUAAUAAUAAGUUGAAAACUUUUAUAUGAAAGGUGAGCAAAUUUUUGUGUUUUCUCUAAAGUGACAACGCUCAGAAGCGGUAACUACCUAUUGAAUAUUAAGUGCUGCAUUCAUAACUACUUAAUAUAUAUAUAUAUAUAUAUUUUAAUAAAUAUCUACUACAUAGUUGCGUUUCUAUAUUUAUAUUAUAAAAAUAUAAAUAAACGUAUAUAUAAACAAAUAUUACAUGGAUCUAAUACUUAUUUACAAAUAUAUGACACUCGUAUAUAUCUAUAGAUAAAAUCUAUCAACGUAUAUUCUGUUUUUGUUAUUCAUUGAACUAACUAUCGAUAAAUCAUAUAUUCAACUAAUUGUAAGAAGGAUUAUAACUGUUCUAUUCAGCGUUUAGUAAAAAUUGUACUAGUAUUAAUUCAUUUAAUGAAAAACCAUAGUUUGUCUGCACAAAAAAAUUGCAACAAUACUUAAGAAAUAUGGAUUUAUACUUUUCAUUUUGUAUUAAAUAAAUAUGUUAUUGAUUAAGGAUAUUAUCGGAAGUUAUUACGAUAAAAGUGUCUAAAUUGUUUAUCUUAAAAAAGACAAUAUUGUCUACAAAGGAAUUUCAUAUAGUUAUUAAGUAUAACGGCCAUUGCGUAUAUAUUUCGUUGCUGGAUAAAAGACUGCAUAAUUUACUCGUCAUAUUGGCACAAUAAUCUACCUUCUUUCAAAUCAGCUUUUUUAGUCAUUUACUCUUCUUUCUAUUACACUAUUGGUGAAAAUCCUUCGAGAGAGUAAUACAAACAGUGGAUCAUUGAUAUUUUUAUUUUUUAUUAAUAAUUUAAAUAUAACAAACAGACCUUGACAACCAUGUCUUCCCUCCUACCAAGAGUUAUUCAAAUUAUUAAUAAACCUCCUAAUGAAAGAACUGAAGCAGAAAUUCAAGCUCUCCAACCCUGGUUCACAAAGAAGAGCCAACUUCUACAAAAAAUCAAAACAGGUUAGUAACCGCUGAACUAGUUAAAGCUGUUUAACUAUUUGCAAAAUCUCAUUUUUUUUGUAUCCCUUCUUCAGCCUCGCCCUUUUUGUAAAUUACCCCCCUCACCCUUUUCUAUCUCGUUCUCAGUCUUUUUUCUCUAUACCUGAUCAAUCGAUAGUGAAAUAAUUAACGGCAGCCGAGUCAAUAGGAUAGAGAAUUAAACUCGCGUCGUUCUGAUUGAUUUCUUUUCUUUGGUAGGCAGGUGUUAUGCCGGCUUAAAUUUGUUCUCUGGGAUUAUAAACUUAACGAAGGCAUUCUCUUUUCUUACUUUAACUUUUCAAAAGAAUGUGACAGUUAAUUAUUGAAAAUUUAAUUGUGCAUUCUUCUAUACAAGACAGAAAAAUUUGCCAAUAACGUUAAUUAUUAAGUAAUCAUCCUUUUUUCAUACAUAUAUAUAGACAUCCUCUCAGACUUGAUAAAGAAUUGCAAUCAUGCGAUUAAAAGAAAAGAUGAAGUUGUCAUUCUUCAGGGUGAAAAAGGACAUUGGUAUACAUAUUUAAUUACACAUCUUCUUUGUGUGGCUUAUGUUUAUUUUAACUCUCUUGUUUUUGCACGUAUAGCUUCUAUAUUAUUCUCAGAGGUCAGGUAUCGAUUUAUAAUAAGGAAUCAACCGAAGAAGGACAAUCCACGACAGAUAGGGAAAGCGAUCGAUCUAAAUUUGGCAACUUUUUAGUAAACUUGCAUGAUGGGAAUGCAUUUGGCGAGAUUGCCCUUAUUAAUCCGGACUGCAUUCGUACGGCUUCUGUUAUAGCUGAUGAAACAACUGAUUUAAUUGUUAUAGAUCGUCAAUUGUAUAAUAGGUCCGUUGCUAACAUUAUUAAAAGGGAAUUUGAUGAAAAAAUGAACUUUGUUGAUUCUUGUCAUUGGUUUCAAGAUUGGUCGAUCAAAUGGAAAAAGCAUUUAGCUAUGUCGUUAAAGAAAGAAGUUAUUACUUUUGGUGACACAGUUUAUAAGCAAGGCGAAGAGGCUGAUACAAUGUAUUUUAUAACUAAUGGAGAGUGUAAAGUCCACGUUGAUCCUUCCGAACAUCAAGUUCAAUUUCAUAAAAUGAUAUCAACCUUUGAUUCUAUAUCAUCUUCGGAGAAUUGUAAUAGUCUUAAACCAAUGGAUAUAGGUAAAUCUCAACCGAGUGCUCGAAGACACAGCUUCAAGUCUCAUCAAGCUGUAAAUCUCUGCUAUUUAGGACCAAAUCAGGUUUUAAGCGAUGUUGAAUUUGCACUAAACAUGGGACGCUACUACACGACUUGUACCAGUGCGAAAGAAACAUCUGUGAUGAGUUUGAGGAAAACACACUUUGAGAGGCUUUUCCGUCGCAAAAAUCCCAACACAAUCAGGCAGAUGGCGCAAGCCUCAGAAUUACAACUGGCAAGGAGAAUUUCUCAGAAAUCUAUCAAACAUAGUGUACCACUCCUAAAAGUUAUUAUUCAUGGUUUAUAUGAUCAAUUUUGCGAUGGAAAAUACAAGGCAAAAGUGACGUUUGAAAAUCACUUGUCAGCAUUGGAAAGAUCGUUAUUCCCAAAUAGCCCAGUACCGAGGGAUAAAUAUCCUCUUAGAAAAUCAUCUACUUCCUCCAAUCCUACGUAAUUACUGUGUUAUAAUCAAUUACUUUUAUUAAGUAUGUCCAGUAUAUACAUAUACUUAUCUUCUAUAUACUAAUAUAUAUACUGUUUAUGCUAUAUUUCGUAUGUAAUAUCCUAUUAAGCUAGUUCAAAAAUAAAUAAAUUAUAGUUUUCGUUCUCAAAUAUUCUUCUUUUGUUGUGUUUAUCCUCUGUUAUAAAGAGGUGACGACCUAAGUCGAUAAUCCCUUUCAUAACUUAAGUUAAAGAGCCAAAGGCCGAUUAUUAUUCCACCUAACCUGAAUAGAAAAAUUAC